AAAUGGCAGCACAAAGCUGGCACGUUAUUAAUGGAGCAAAGCACUACCCAGUGCUUUACAGGGAAGUAUUGGCUUUUUACAAUACUUUUUACCCUCAGUAUUGGGAACAAAGAGACUCAGGACGACGUAGAAAAACCAACUAUUUUUACCUCGCAGAUGGCACAUUUGGAGGUGGAAAUCAUAGCAAAUUGUUAUUAAACCAGUUUAAGCAAAUGAAAAUAGCAGGAUAUGACCUUGACCCUUCUAUGAUUGAAAAAGCUGAGAAAAACUUUGAAGAUGAGAUUUACUCCCAAAAGAGACUUCAGCUAGUCAAUGAUAAUUUUAUCAACAUUGAAACUUAUGAUACCAGACCUCCAAGAAAAUUUAAUUCAAUCUUUCUUGAUCUUGGCUUUAGUCAAUACCAAGUAGCAGAUCAAGAUAGAGGGUUUUCAUAUUUGAGUGAUGGGUAUCUUGACAUGCGAUAUGCACCUGACAGACAUGCUGAAGGUAGUACUGCUGCUGAUAUUCUCAACAAAUGUACUCAUUAUGAACUAGUAGAAAUCUUCAAAAGAUACGAUCCUCAUGCUGAGAAAAUAGCAGAAGCAAUCUGAGAUGCGAGAGAAAGAAGUAUAAUAAACACAGCUUCUGAUCUAAAGAAUGUUCUUUUUGAUGUUUUUCCUGGUCUUGCACGCAGCCAGAAGUAUAAUAAAAUAAUGAAGGUCUUCAUGGCACUAAGAAUCUCAGUGAAUAACGAAUUAAUAGUCUUGGAUGAGUACUUAUACAAAAAUCCUGUACUAGGAAUGGCAAAGAAUGGUUCAAUGGUGAUUAUUAGCUUCCAUUCAACUGAAGAUCAGGUUGUGGCAAAGCAUUUCAGAAGAUGGAAGAAGCUAAAGUACGGCCAAGAGGUAUUCAAGAAGGUUCUCACUCCCAGCAAGGAAGAACUCGAAGAAAAUCCUGCCUCUCGGUCUGCCAAGAUGAGGGUCUUCAUGAAAGAAUUUGAAUAAGUUCAAUCGGUGAA